CCGUAGCCCACAAUGGCCCCGCGUGGAACGUCGAGCACACCCCCGACGGACUGCACCUCCUUUCGUGGGGCGGCACUGGUCUCCAGAGUGCCGCAACCCUCCGCAUGUGGGCGCUGGAUGCGUCUGGAGGGAAGCCGUGCGCUAGCAGCGCCGCCCAGCCUCGACCAAUCAACUUCGGCUCGCAGCCCAGCGCGCGCGGGAGGCCCUCGUCCGACGGCCCACCUCCUCUGGCAGUCCGAAUGGCAGUCGGACGCGGCGCCAUGCGCCUCCACGCCUGGGGCGCCGAAGGAGCUCUUGUCUUCGUCCCGGUCGGUGAGAGCCUCAUGGUGGCGGUGGCGGACAGCGUCAAGGCCUGUGGCGACAGCCGGCAUCUGCAAAGGCUCCUGAAACGCCAUUUCUCGAAGAUACGCGCCUGCGCCUGGAAUCCGAUCCGACAGGAACUCUACACGGCUGGAAUGGACAGCAAUCUCAACACCUGGCCCCUCUUCCCAAACCAGGCUGCUGAUAAUAUUUCUGUAGAAAUAUAA